AUGUUUUCAGCCGGCGCCCUACAGUGCUUCGUUUGUCAAAAUUGUAAAGAGGUAACACAGGACCAAAUUCAAACAUGCGAACCACCAAGUCCAACAACCACGGUGCCUACAGUUACGGAACCUCAGACUACAACUGAAGCUUCAACAACACCCGUGGCCACAAACACAACUACAGAACCCACUACUACAACAACGACAACCGCAGCAACAACUACAACUACAGAACCUACAAAUACAACUACCGAAGCUACUACCACAACAGUUGCACCUACAAAUACGACAACCGAAUCUACGACUACAACCACUGCAACUACAACUACAACUACUACUGAAGCUACGACUACAACUACGGAUCCUUCUACUAACACAACCACUGAAGCCACAACAACGACAACAGAACCUACGACUACAAGCACAACUACAGAGGCCACGACUACAAAUACUACUACAGAAGCUACAACCACAAUUACGGAACCAACUACGACAACAGAACCUACGACUACAAGCACAACCACAGAUGCUACGACUACAACCACAACUACGACAACAGAACCUACGACUACAAGCACAACCACAGAGGCCACGACUACAAAUACUACUACAGAAGCUACAACCACAACUACGGAACCAACUACGACAACAGAACCUACGACUACAAGCACAACCACAGAGGCCACGACUACAAAUACGACUACUGAAGCUACAACCACAACUACUGACGCCACAACUACGACAACAGAACCUACGACUACAAGCACAACCACAGAGGCCACGACUACAAAUACUACUACAGAAUCUACAACCACAACUACGGAACCAACUACGACUACGACAACAGAACCUACGACUACAAGCACAACUACAGAGGCCACAACUACAAAUACGACUACUGAAGCUACAGCCACAACUACUGAAGCCACAACUACGACAACAGAACCUACGACUACAAGCACGACCACAGAGGCCACGACUACAAAUACUACUACAGAAGCUACAACCACAACUACGGAACCGACUACGACUACGACAACAGAACCUACGACUACAAGCACAACUACAGAGGCCACGACUACAAAUACGACUACUGAAGCUACAACCACAACUACGGAACCAACUACGACUACGACUACAAGCACAACCACAGAGGCCACGACUACAAAUACUACUACAGAAGCUACAACCACAACUACGGAACCAACUACGACUACAAGCACAACCACAGAGGCCACGACUACAAAUACGACCACUGAAGCCACAACUACGGAACCGACUACGACAACAGAAGCAACAAACACAACUACAGAACCUACAAAUACAACUACCGAAGCUACUACUACAACUGAGACCACAAAUACAACAAUAGAGCUUACUACUACCACAACCGCAGAAACUACCACGACUACAACACAGGUUGCUUUUGGAAACGAUCUACAGGGCAUACACCUUUACACAAGAUCCGAUGGUCAGAUGUACAACCUAACGAGGCUUAAGUCCAAGCGUUAUAGGGAGGACUUAUAUGCAGACAGCCUUCUCUUUGCUGACGAUGCUGCUUUCGUCGCUCACAGUCAGUCUCAGCUGCAGGCCAUCAUGGAUAAAUUUUCAAGAGCUUGUGACCUAUUUUCCAUGUCCAUUAAUGCCAAGAAAACCACCAUACUAGCGCAAGGAUGUUCAGAACAGCCAACGAUCACGCUUAACGGCGCACCUCUCGAGGUGGUCAGCAAGUUUUGCUACCUUGGUUCGCUUGUGUCGAGCAAUCUCUCGCUUGACGCAGAGAUCGACUCCCGCAUCGGCAGAGCAGCCACUACGUUCGGGAGGCUCCGUGCAAGGGCUUGGGACAACAAACAUCUCACGGCAUCUGACCUCGCCGGCAGUGUAAAGAGCCGAUUCUACAGAAGUAUCAAGCAAAAUAGAGAUGACGUGCAAGUGCGAUGCGUUGUCACAAGUUACAUGGAAGAAAAUGGUGAAGAAAAUGUAGUCAGGGGCUGUUCAUACGAAUCGGAAAACGCAACGGCCCGUUGCCACGAAGCCAUCGGGCGAGAUGAUGUGGACCUCGUUCACUGUUCGGUUUGCGACGGCGAUCUAUGCAACUCCGCGGCGGCAGCUACCCUCACUUUAGUACCUUUAAUCUUAGGGUUAAUCAUUAAUGUAUAA